AACAAUAUGUCGACGAAAGUAGCAGUUGUUACUGGUUCAAAUAAAGGCAUAGGCUUCUCAACUGUAAAGGGAUUGUGUCAAAGAUUUGAUGGAAUUGUAUAUUUGACUUCCAGAGACGAUGGUAGGGGCAAAGCAGCCAUCGCAGAGCUGAAGAAACUUGGGCUAAAUCCAGCUUAUCAUCAACUUGACGUCGCUGAUAGAGAAAGUGUCAAACGUUUCAGUGAAUACCUCAAGAAGACUCAUGGUGGAAUCGAUAUCUUGAUCAAUAAUGCAGCAGUAGCCAACAGUAAAGAACUAUACAACAAUUAUGAGGAAAGCAAGGAAAUUGUAGAUAUCAAUUACUACUCGAUUCUUACAAUACAGGAGUUUAUCUUCCCUCUCGUCAGAAAUAACGGACGAAUUAUAAAUAUAUCUAGUGAUUGUGGUCACCUUUCUAAUAUCAGAAACAAAUAUUGGAUAGAAAGGUUAUCUAAGAAAGAUUUAACAGUUGACGAUAUCAAUGAAUUCGUCGCUUGGUAUUUGAAAUCGGUAAAAGAAGGGACUUUUAAAUUUAAUGAGGAACUGGCUGAUGGCGGAACAGCAGCAGCAUACAGAGUUGCCAAAGUUGCGUUAAGUGCUUUAACUAUGCUUCAACAGAAAGAGUUAGAGCGUAGAAAUAUUUCAGUGAACUCCAUGCACCCGGGGUUGGUUCGCACGGACAUGACGCUAGGCGCUGGUUUCUACAAUGCCGACCAAGCAGCAGAAACACCACUUUAUUUGGCACUCGAAGCGCCUCAAGACCUGAAAGGAGCGUACGUGUGGUACGAUAGAAGGGUUCUGGAUUGGUAUGACUAUAAAGCCGAUUACUAUUUCAAGAGUAACACUUUGUCCAUAAAGUACGAUUAAUGUUAGUAAAAACUCAUUGAAACCAAUGGAUUUUUUAUUUCAUUUUAAUGCUGAAACCAUGUCUUAAAUUUUGUAUAUUAUAAAUUUUCUUACAGUCUGUAGCAAAAUGUAUAUGUUUACUUACUUAUGGAAUCCGAAGCAACUGUGCUGUACCAAAUUUUAUUGAAAUCGAUAUAAAAAUUUGUGAUUUGAACACCAUUACAAAUAUACAUUUUGUUAUAGAAGUAGAAAGAUAAUUGCUUCUUUACUGGUAUGACAGUGAAAAAUAAAAUGUAUGUGCGAGCUGCUUUUAUUUCCAUGCAAGUAUUAUUUUUAUUUAACACCAAUAAUAA